AUGUCGAGAGAAGACGAGAGUGAUUGCGCUGGCGCUGAGAGCGGGCAGCGUUCACGCAAACGGCAAAAGUCCGAGCCAAAUGAGUACGAAGCGCAAAUUAAAAAGCUACAACAGGAUGUUGCCGAAGUGAAGGAGAGGCUGCAUUCGAUGAGCAAUCAGUCCUCAACAAACACGGCGUAUGAGCUGGUAAAAAAAUGUGUAGAGGCAAAACAAAAGGCAGCCACGAUGAGGAGGAAGCUUGCACAACACAAUCACUGGCUGCAACGAGUCAGUAGCUUGAUGGAGACAGCACCACUUUUUGACUACGGUGUCGUCGACACGAGUGGAGUGCAGGCUGACGAAACGAAGCAGGAUACGACGUCGCAUCGAAGUUUGAAGGCACUGGACGAGUCGCACGGACAACCCAGGAGAAAGCUCCACCCUCGACUGCUCUUUGGCGAGCGCCUGCAUGCCGCAGUGGUGGUUUCCCAGGAAAACGUGUCGAAACUGUUGCAGGAUGCGACGAGUAAGGCUCAAUCGUUUCACCUGUCGUUAGAAUUUGAAUCACAUGGAUGGGAAAUAGCAACGGGGACUCUCGUGAGCGAUCACAUGGGCUUUUGUUGUCAUCGCUUGCUAAGUGGUGGCGCGGACGACAAGACGAAAGAUGUAGCGACUGCGUUGUGGAACUUCGUGGAGUGCGAUGAAAUUUUCCGAACAUUUGUGCCGCUCGUUCAAGCCUCAAUCACGACUUACCAAGAAACGAACUGCUCUUUGUCAUGUAGAGUGAUACAACUUUCCCAGGAAAUGAAGCAGCAAGCGGUCGCAACUAUCGAGUCGAUCCGGUCGACCCGCGAUAAUACUGGACAAGAGAAUGUUUGGCAGAUUUCCAUGGAGGCAGUGCACGAUCACUUUCUGUGCACAUUUGUGGCAGAUGCGUCCGCGGAUGCUGCCAUGCCGAACAGUGCUCCACCUGUCAAGCUUGACCUGGGACUCCAAAUGAGCAAAGUUAACAUGCACAACAAGUUUAUACUGGGUGCACGGGUGACUAAAGUGGAUGAGGGGGUAGACAUCUUGAUUGCAGGCUCGGCGCGGUUCGACCUUCCGUGCUAUAGCGAUCCGGCCUUUGACUUGCUCCAGCACUUUGUGUCGCACUUGCCUGUGUACGAAGAUCUUUAUUUAACACCGCUAAACGAUAGUCAAGCGUCUGACGUACACGAGAUGUAA